GGCCCUUUAAAACACACAGAUCUCCUCAGCAGACAGUUUCUACUUUUUAAAUCAGCUGACUUUGACAGGACACAUUUGAGAGACACCUUUCUUUUUUUCUUCUAUUAUUUCCUUGUUUUAUAGAAGACACUUUGUGGAGACUUUCUCUUUCAUCGGAGGAACUUUGCAGGGAACCUUUCCUUCUCUUCUUGUAGCUCUGAGCGAAUCUUCUGCAGAUGGAUCUGUCCGACCUUCCCUUCCCUCUCUCCUCUGCUGAUGACCUCUACGAUGACCCCUGCUUCAGCACCAGCGACAUGAACUUUUUUGACGACCUGGACUCCCGGCUGAUGCACGCUGGCCUGCUGAAGUCAGAUGACCAUGUUCAUCACCAUCACCACCAUCACGUUCCCGUAGCAGAGGAGGAGGAGGAGGAGCAUGUGAGGGCUCCCGGGGGCCCCCACCAGACGGGACACUGCCUGCUUUGGGCCUGUAAGGCCUGCAAGAGGAAAACGUCACACGAAGACCGGAGGAAAGCGGCAACCAUGCGGGAAAGGCGGCGGCUCGGAAAGGUCAACGAUGCCUUUGAGACCCUGAAGCGCUGCACGGCGUCCAGUCCAAACCAGCGGCUGCCCAAAGUGGACAUCCUGCGCAACGCCAUCAGCUACAUCGAGUCCCUGCAGUCGAUGCUGAGGACUGGCCGGGACGACAGCUUCUACCCACCACUGGAGCACUACAGCGGGGAUUCAGACGCCUCCAGCCCCCGUUCCAACUGUUCCGAUGGCAUGACGGAUUUCAUCUCUCCGUGUUCAACCAGAAGUGAGAACAGUGACGGUUCCUACCGCAGCCACACAGUCGAUUCCAGGAGAAGUAAACCAUCGCUAAUUUCUAGUUUGGACUGUUUGUCCAGCAUCGUACAGCGGAUCAGCACAGAUCCAGCUGUGGCCCCCCCAGGCGACAGCGUGGUCCCCCGGGGCCCUGAAUCGCCUCAGAACAGCCCUGCAGGCUCCAGUUCCUCUGCUGAACCCAACAGCAUCUAUGAGCCGAUCUGAACCUGAGGGAGCCGAGCACUCAUCUUCCACAAAAAGCCAAGACAAGCUUUUCAAAAACUUUUUUUUCCCGGAAUCUAAGUUUAUUCAGUGUUUAUCCUCCUGAACACAUUGAAGACUGCUGCUGAGUUCCAUAUCAACAGGAAACAUUAUAUUUUCCUCACUUAUUUCUGCUGCAGAAAUGAUAACCAAGGACCAUUAUGUACAUCUGUAAAUAAGAGCUGUUUGUUCCGAGUACACACACACACACACACACACACACACACACACACACACACACACACACACACACACACAUGGGAUGCUGCGAUUGUUGUGUCAUGUUUCCAUGUAUUAUUUAUGAUUGAAUGGCAUUUUAAUAAAGAAAUAUUUAUAUUUGAUAAAAUCUUUCAACGAAUUUACUCUAACAUUUCAUUAAUAUAACCUCUAUUAUAAAUCUAUAUAAAGUGAAAUGUUUCAUUGUCCUAAAGAAACAACUGCUGGUAUUUUGAGCUUCAUGUAUAUUUAAGUCUUCGACGUCUUCUCUUUCUCGGUUCCAAACAUGCUUUGCCGCUGAAUUUGAUUUCAGUUCAAUAUUGACUCUUCUUUUAGCUCUGUUUCUGUUCUCUGGCUUUAGUCGCUAACUUUAUCAGUCAUUUGGUGGGUUUAUGAGAAUUCUUCCACUGAAAACAACACUGAUGAGAGCACCACAAACUAAACCAAAACACUAAAGUUGCCAAAAACCAAAACAAAGUGCUCAAAGACACUUAAACGCUUCAUAGACCUGAGGGGAAAUGUUGAGUCCGAUGAUAAUCCUCUGUCAGCUCGUCUUUAUGAUUUGAUACUUUGUUAAUAUAAAGAUAUUGAUUAUAUUAGCUUUACAGAAUUAUAACUGAAAUUGUAUAAGUGAUUGUGAGGUCAGUAAAAGAAGAAUAAAAAGUGCUGUUAAUCUCUCAUUGGGGAAAUACAGUUUUAAAAUGUAC